AUGAGCAGUCGUAAAUCAAAGAGUAACAACUUAAUACAAGCAGAAUACCUUUCGCGGGUACAAAGAAUUUUACGUGAAAGAUUUUGUCAUCAGAGUCCACAUAGUAACCUAUUUGGAGUACAAGUACAAUAUAAACACUUAAUUGAGCUGCUGAAAAGAACUGCUAUCCAUGGAGAAAGUAACUCUGCUCUCAUUAUUGGACCCCGAGGAUCAGGAAAGACUAUGUUAAUAAACCAUGCUUUGAAAGAACUAAUAGAAGUAGAAGGGAGUGAAAAUGUAUUACAAGUUCACUUAAAUGGACUGCUGCAGAUCGAUGAUAAAAUUGCCCUAAGGCAGUUAAAUCUGGAAACUGUAGUUGGAGAUAAAGUUUUUGGAAGCUUUGCUGAAAACCUUUCAUUUCUUCUGGAAGCUUUAAAAAAAGGUGACUGGACUAGUAGUUGCCCAGCGAUCUUCAUGUUAGAUGAAUUUGAUCUUUUUGCUCAUCAUAAAAACCAAACGCUCCUCUAUAAUCUUUUUGACAUUUCUCAGUUUGCACAGACUCCAGUAGCAGUUAUUGGUCUUACACGUAGAUUGCAUAUUUUGGAACUCUUAGAAAAAAGAGUGAAGUCACGAUUUUUCCACUGGCAGAUACACUUAAUGAAUUCAUUUGGUUUUCCACAGUAUCUUAAAAUAUUUAGAGAACAAUUAUCUCUAUCUGCAGUAUUUCCAGACAAGAUUUUCGCUGAGAAGUGGAAUGAGAAGGUUCAGAGUCUCUCAGAAGAUAGAAGUGUGCAAGAAGUGCUGCAGAAGCAUUUCAAUGUCAGCAAAAACCUGCGGUCAUUACACAUGCUACUGAGGCUUGCUUUAAAUCGCGUAACAACAUCACAACCAUUUAUGACUGCAGCAGAUCUGAUGGGGGCAAACCAGCUGUGUAGCGUGGACUCUAAAGCAAAUAUUGUACGUGGUCUGUCGGUCUUGGAAAUCUGUCUUAUCAUAGCAAUGAAACAUUUAAAUGACAUCUAUGAAGAGGAGCCCUUUAAUUUUAAAAUGGUUUAUAAUGAGUUUCAGAAGUUUGUUCAAAGGAGGGCCCAUUCUGUUUAUAAUUUUGAGAAACCUGUUGUCAUGAAGGCUUUUGAACACUUACAACAAUUAGAAUUAAUAAGGCCCCUGGAAAGAACAUCAGUAAAUGCACAGAGGGAGUACCGGCUGAUGAAACUACUUCUGGAUAACACACAAAUUAUGAAUGCUUUGCAGAAAUACCCUAACUGUCCUACAUAUGUUAGGCAGUGGGCAACAUCCUCCUUAAACUGGUUAUAA